AUGUGGAUAAAUGAUCAGAAACAAUCAUUGCUAAGAAGUGUAGAAAUAAAAAAAGUGACGAAUUACAAUGACAAGUUCCGAAUCUAUAGAGGACCGGCAAGGCAAGUGACAGCAGCAUUUUUCAAAAAAUUAGGUGAAAAAUUGAGAAAUUAUCAAAGAUAUCAAAAACCGAUGCAACUUUCUGAAUCAUCAAGCUUUCGUUCUUCUUCACUUGAUUUGAAUAGCAACAUUAAAUGUUCUGUGGAAUUAACAGAAUCACAGAAUGCUGAAAAUGAUUUACCUAAACAAAUUUUGGAUAAAAAAACAAAAUACAAAGAAAAAGAGCGACAAAUUCAAUGUGACAAUGGAAGAAAUAGAAAUGGAAAGACGACAAAACUGGAUGACAAUGUGAAAAUGACAAAUCAAGAUAAACUGGAAGAUAAGGAGUUGAUUCAGGAAAAAAAGAAAAAGAGGUAUGGUAAAUAUUAUCAUUUUUCUAAUUUGGCUAAUUUUUGUCAGGCUAAUAUGGCUUAA